AUGAGCACGACGGCCGAAUCCGAACUUUCUUCACACUCGAACACUACACCUAAUACCUCCACGACUACGUCGGAAGACUCAGAAGCUUCGGCAAUGAAAACCCCUGUAUCCAUCAACUCCUCCCGUGCCUCCGUCCUAUUCUCCAACAUCCAAGACGUGCGCUCUCGAAUCUCCUCCGUUCUCACUUCCCCGCCUCGCGCCUCACCAGCAUCCGCAUAUCUCCCUUCGAAGCCGCCUCGCCUCGUCGCCGUCUCCAAAUUGAAACCCGCCAGCGACAUACUCGCUCUCCAUACCAUUCCUCGUUCACUUUCACCGGCACAGGCGAAAAUAAGUACCAGUCGUCAAACAGAAGAACCACAAAGAGAGACAGAGACGCAGACAGAGGCAGAGCCCCAGCUUCAUUUCGGCGAGAACUACGUGCAAGAACUCCUCGAGAAAUCCCGCCUCUUACCACACAGCAUUCGAUGGCACUUCAUCGGCGGCUUACAAAGCAAUAAAUGCACCGCACUCGCACGGGACGUUAUAUCACUAUGGGCCGUCGAAAGCGUAGACAGUGAGAAGAAAGCAGCACUGUUAGAUAAAGGGCGCGGCGAACGGAAUGCUCGAUUACAUUCCGAGCCUUCUACUGCCAUCCCUUCGUCCGACUCUGCUGGCGCGGGAACAGAAACAGAAGCUCGGACCGAACCAGGUCCGUUAAGGGUAUUUAUCCAAAUCAACACCAGUUCUGAACCGAACAAAUCGGGCCUCGACCCCGGCAAUCCCGAGCUUCUCUCGCUCGCGCGGUACAUUCGCAACUCAUGCCCCAAUUUGUCUCUGCAAGGUGUAAUGACAAUUGGUGCUCUGGCGCGCAGUCAAGCCACGACGCCCGAAACCGAGAAUGAGGAUUUCAUCGUGCUCCGACAGACGCGCGACAAGUUGGCGAAGGAUCUAGGAAUGGAUGUAUCCGAGUUGGAACUGAGUAUGGGUAUGUCGGAGGAUUUUGAGGGGGCGAUACGGCAGGGCAGCAACGAGGUGAGGGUGGGAAGUACGAUUUUUGGGGAGAGGCCGGCCAAAAAAGACGCGAGGAUUUUAUAA